AUGUACUCAUUCAGCAUUCUAGGGAUCAUCUUGCCUGUAUCUGCAUCGUGGAACAGUGCGAACAUCAACCAUCAUGUCAUUUUUUUUGUCAUUAGUCUCUUGCAACUGUUUCUUGAAGAACAAACCCAGAGUAUUACCAAAAUGACACUGUCCGAUCUGUUCUUUGGGGGAAAAAAAACUUUGUAG